UGAUUACAAAAUAAAAUUUUAAACCAUUUCUUAAAGCUAUAAAAUUGAACUACCUUUAAAUACAACAUGUAUUCACUAUUGGACAGUAAUCGUAACUCCUAUUUAUUUAACUUAAAAAACUCUGAAAGAGAGAAAGGGAGCAAUUAUAUCCCUUGACAAUCCAUCCAUUACCAUAUAACAAAUAAAACUUUUAUCUAUUAUUUAUUUUAAAGUAAAUCAACCUAGAAAUUUAAAAAAAUGCAUACAUUUAAAAACUUAAUAUCAUUUCAGUGAGAGCCAUGACAUUAGGGUAAUCAAUGAAAUUAGUAAGUAGAAUUAAAUAAUUAGUAAAUAGUUGCUGUCAAGAGAAAAGGCCUAAUAUAUAUGAAAAACACAAAAAGGAGUUUUUUUUAGCUAUUUGAACCAUUAAUCAAAUGUCAUAAUCCAGAAGAAGUAUCAAAGAAUUAUUUAAUUAAUUACUUAUAAUUGUUUCAUUUCUAAUGCGGACAGCUAUACAUUAUAACAUUAUUAAUUAUCUUCCAUACCAAUUCUCAACAUAGACGAUAUACGGUGAAAUCGAUCUAUUGGGCUGGUUUAAUAUAUAUUUACUGUCUUAAAGUGAUCAUAAUCACUUAUAAUUUUAAAAUAAUCACUUUUUUAUAAUCAUAGAGUGAUUACUAAUAACCUGAUGACUUAUGAUUUUGAUUUGAUCAAUUCAGUGGUGGAUCUAGAAAAAAAUUAGUAAUGUCAAUUUAAGUAAAAUAUACCUAUUGAGUUUGAUCCCUGGACACAUAUGGCAACUCAUUAACCAAUUCAUCUAAUAUAUAUUUACAUGUGAUAUUUCCUUUUAUUUUGAAUUUAAGUGAUGUCAAUUGACCUUAGUGAUAGCACUCCGCCACUGGAUCAAUUAGAAAAAUGAGUUAAUUACAUAACCUUAUCUCAUGGUGUGACAAUCUCAUAUAAGACAUGCUGUCAAAUUAUACGAUCUCGUUAAUCUUAGAAAAUAAGUUACUUAUACAUUUUUAAAGUGAUUAAUUAAAGAAAUGAGUUAAUUAUACGAUCUAGUUCAUCUCACACAUGUAACCCCUCUCCGGCUUAGUCCAUAAACAACAAAAAAUGCAGCAAAAUUACACAUGAAUGUCGAAAAAAGGAAUCUGAUUUAUGAAUAUUAUUAAAAAAUAAUGUCAAACUAUAUAUGUGUCCAUUAUUACUUAUAUUUAUAAUAUACAAGUAUUUAUACAUGAUCAUCAUAUCUCCCAUUCAAAGUCAGCCCUUCAGCUAAGUUUUUAUGAUCUCAUUCUCUUCUGUUUGUACACAAAGUCACCAACUGGUAAAUAUUGACAAGUGAAUGGAAGAGCAACACUACUAUGGAAAUAGUAGUAGCAUAGGUAGCAAUAACAAUAAUAGUUGCAAUAGUGAUCUAGCAAGUAUAGUAGAUGGACAACAUGUUGAAUCUUCAAAUCUAAACUCAUUAUUUUCUAGAGGCAACAUUAGUGAUGAGGUUCCAUGGAAAAUAGGAGGAUCCAUGGAAAACAUUUUUGAUGAUCUAUUGUUACAAGAUUUAAAAAAUGAUGUCCAAAAUGGUUUGCUCCCAAGACAAAAUUAUGCUCAUUUGCAAAAUGAUUUCGAAAUAUUUCCUCUGGCUGAUAAAAAUGAUGAAGAUAAUGAUCAUGAUUUGGGACAAAGCAAUAAGAGAAAUAAUAGAGUUCGAACAGACAAUAAAGAAGCAGUUCGAAGAUAUCGAGAGAAGUUAAAGGCCCAUGAAGUGUCCCUAGAACAAGAAAUUAAUAGGUUAAAGGCUUCAAAUGAAGAGUUGUCAAAUAAGUUGGAGGAUGAAGCUACCUUACAAGCUGAAAUUUCUUGGCUUAAGUGUUUGUUGGUAGAUAUUAAAGGAAGAAUUGAAGGACAAACAUACUAUUCUCCUAGACCAUAUGUUAAUGAUCAUCAUCAUAGGUCUUGUAGUGGAAAAUGUGUUGAUAAUGUAAGGCCAUUUGGGCAAUCUACACAAAUUUUAUAUGAUCAAGCUCCAAGUGAUGAUCAAUCUCACAAGAUUAACUAUACAUCGGUUCAAGGACCUCAACAUUAAGACGGUAAAAUAUAUACUUUUAU